UAGAUUAGUCAUUUAGGUAAAGAGUUGCACCAUACAUUGAAAUCUUCUUCCCACACAUUCAUUUGCAUUUAAUAGGCUAAGUAAUUCUACCAUAAAAGCUGUGAGUUCACAUGUUAAUCAGGAAACAUGUGAUGGCACGUCAAUUCUGGCUCAAUAUCUAUUGCUAUUUUUAACCCACCCCCACAAUAAGCAUGGUUUAUAAAAAGGCUCACUUUCAAGACAGAUACUCACUUUGAACUGCAAACUGUUGAUCUUGAAAAAUGGACAACGAUUAUCGAGCUAGAAACGAAAAUGUACGAGCAAUAGCAUUUAAUAGCAUUCUGGCAGCAUGCGACCAAAAUGAAGAAAUUUAUUCUAAUGAGCCGAGACAAGAAAAUGCAGGAGCAAGGCAAAACAAUGUACAACCUGCUCAAAACAAGCGGCAUUCUCAAAAAUUUUGGAAGAUAUUUGCAUCCAUUAUAUUUGUGGUGAUUAUAACAGUUAGUGCUGUUGUUAUUCACUACACUCUUGCAAAUAAAGCUGCAGUGGAUUGUACAAGCACUUCAUCACAGAAUUCAGGGGAUAAAGUUACAACCACAACAACUACCACCAAUACUCCAACAAACACUGGUACCUAUGGAACAUUAACCAACCCAGCUCUCUCAUGCCUGGAUAUAAAGAACACAUCAGGAGUGACCAAUGAUGGAUAUUACUUCCUACAACCAAGCGGCACUGUUGUACCAUUUCAGGCAUUUUGUGACAUGACAACAUCUGGUGGUGGUUGGACAUUAGUAGCAUCCGUUCAUGAGAAUGAUAUUAUUGGAAAAUGCACAACUGGAGAUAUGUGGUUCAGUAAUGACCUACCACGAUACUCACUAUUUUCAAGGAACUGGGAGAACACAAACUUAUUUGGAAAAGCAGACAAAGCCACUUCAGCUGAUUAUAAGAAUAUUGGAUAUUCAUCUAUUAAGGCUGCUAACCUGAUGUUACGUCACGUACCAAACAAAACACCGGUGGACCAAUCGAAAUCCUUAGCAAGCUUGCAAUAUCACACAAGUAACAAUUUCCUUGACGAACAUGGGGGAAAUCUAUUCACAACCUACACAAGACAUUACCCAAUGAAUCCCAAAUCAACAGUUGUUACCUUUCCAUCCAAUGUUGACAAGUUGGUUGAUGAUAUAGCAGCUCUCUCAACCAGCUUAACCUCUGGAAUUCCAGACUUUUACAAAUAUGCAUAUGGCUCAACAACUGAUCGUUUGCAAGAUGGUGGAAAUGGUACUUACACCUCCUAUGGAAUGCAGAUUUAUUUUGGUUUUUACUGUGGCUACUACAUUCAGUAUGGAAGUGAAUACAAAUGUUCACCUGUCCAAUCCUUAGUUGUCAGCAGAAAAUCUCAUCCAUUUAUUGUUGUAAUAGCGAUUGAAAAUUACAAUUUACGAUCUUCAUCUGGGAAUUAUCGGAUUCAAGCCUAUCGACCAUCCACUGACUCCAUCACAUCAUACAACGGUAAAAUGACAGAAGGCAACUUUGAGCUUCAAUACAGAGCUAGAUGUGUUUAUGGAAGAAAUGUACCAAGUGUGUGUGAUGUUGUCUUUACAGUUAAAAAUACAAAGGAUUGGUCUUCAUCUACCACCUUCACUUUGUCAGAAUCUACCAACCGUUACACUAAUUAUUACUAUUAUUAUGUUUAUAUAAAUAGUAAUCCAAGAAGGAUAAUGGUUGGUUACACAAUGUUAUCAAGAACUGGUGGACGACUUGUGACCAAAGUUCAGAUGGAAUCCACUCUUCAGAAAAUGUUGCAACCUUUCAAAAACUACACCUGGCAAGCCCCAUGUGCAUCCAAUCAUCUUGCAGUACCAGUGACAUACACAAUUGGUAAAUCUACUUUGAGCAACUUUGUUCCUCCUUCCAUGCACUCAGCAACAACCACUGGAUUCUUACAGAUUCGUGCUGAAUCUUAUGACGGAACUUACUAUGCUAUGUGUCCUGCUGUUAAAUUAAAUAAUUGUGAUGGACAAUACGUUUGUAUUGGGGGUGUGAAAAAUGGAUACACACAAUCCAAUGACUGCAAUGAUUAUACCGACUGGAAUGGGUUGACCAACAAUCCAGAUUAUCAUACCAGUAAGACCUAUGCCCAUUCAACUACAGAUAUUGAAUCCACCAUCAUGAUUUUCUAUCGUUAAGCUAGUUUUUAUAAAUCUGAUACAAAGUUUCUGUAUUUUAUAUUUGUCAUAGAAUAACUUUAAAAUUGAUCAGUUUAUCGUGUUAAUAGUAUGGACUAAUAUUAUGUCAGUUGAUUUCUUACAGUAAUUGGAACUUUAAUUGAUUUUAAUUUUAUAAUGAAAUGGU